UCUCCAUAGAUGUCAUAUGAUAAGGAAUCCGUAUUACUGAUUCGGAAUCCGAUCAGAUACUCCCUCUCCGGCAUACACCAGAAAAACUUACUCCACCUGCGCUCUAUCUAUGCACUUUCUAUACACCACUAAAAAUUAUAGAAAUGAAGCGCUCUAUCCGAAGCCUGAGAUAUCUUCACCACACUUCAUCCUGGUUCCGGGCCGCCAAACUGGACAAACUGGACACCUGUCAGAUGCGAGAGACGCUGGAGUUCAAGUUUACGGAGGAAAAUAAGAGGCGCGUCAAGGCGCUACUGGUCUGGUACCCGGAGGCGGAGUGGAAGGGCGCCCUCAUACCGCUCCUGGACAUCGCCCAGCGGCAGCAGGGCUGGCUCUCGAUCAGCGCCGUCAAGGCCGUGGCCGACGUCAUCAAAAUCGACCCGAUGAAGGCCUACGAGGCGGCCCAGUUCUACACCAUGUUCUUCAUGAAGCCACGCGGCAAAUAUGUCAUCCGCGUCUGCACCUCGACUCCCUGCAAGUUGCGCGGCGGGGAUGACAUAUAUGCCUUGUGCGAGACGAUUCUGAAGCUGAAGCACGGCGAGACCAGCCCGGACAUGCAGUUCACCCUCAAGGACGACUACUGCUUGGGCGCUUGUGUGAAUGCCCCGGUAUUGUCGGUCAACGAUGACUUUUACGAGGACCUUGACGAGAAGAGCGUCAAACAGAUCCUGGAGGAUCUCAAGAAUGACAAAUUGCCGCCGUCUGGGCCGCGCAAUGGACGAUACUCCAGCGAGCCCAAAGGCGGACUCACCUCCCUGAAGGAGCCCCCGCCACCGCCAGGAUUCAUGAUGCAAGAACUACCCAAAAAGAAAUAAAUAUCAAUGCUACCUGUCUACCUAAUAAAAAUUUGAUAUGGGAAGUAGUUUUCGAGUUUCAUUGAACUGGCGCUAUCGGAAUGAAUGCAAUCCAAGGAUACACGACUUAAAGGACAACAUCUGUUGUUUUGCUAAGCUCCUGCUUAGCCAUGGGAAUCGCAUUGUCCUCGCCCGCAGCCAUUCCACUUUAUCUCCGGCCAAAGGACACGCCUUGGAUUUCUGCAACGCUGGCACAAUAAACAGACAGCUGCAAUGACAAAACAACAGGACAGGACUCGCCAGGUCAGGACGGGGCAGCUGGAAGCCGGCAG